GGAGGAGCUAGUUGUUAUGGCGACCUGGUUUCCCGUUCCGCCUAGGAGCCGGAUAUUUGUGUGUUGGUGAGGACCCGGGAGGAGCCGCGGGAGCGUCGUUGUCACAGAGCCCCGGCUGGAGUGGCGGGCAGAGAGCACAUGAUGACUUCAGAAGCUUUGUCAGAUCUUCAGGACGACUUGGAAAGAGAUGAAACGACGCAGUCCCUGGACCAGCUGAAGCUGGCGUCCCUGGAGAACAUGAACUGGCCUUCUGACGACGUGCAGGACUUCCCCAAGUCAGGUGAAGAGGACGUCAAAGUUUCUCCCGGCCCCGUCGCAGACCAGCUCUUGGAGGACCUUAAAAACGACAUCGGCAGACACCACAUUGUGGAAGUGGCUGGUGAUGACAAAUUCGGGCGCAAGAUUGUCGUGUUCAACGCCUGCCGCAUGCCCCCCUGCCACGAGCUCAAUCACUUCAAGCUCCUACAGUAUCUGAAGCACACAUUGGACCAGUUCGUUGAGAGCGAUUACACAUUGGUUUACCUGCACCAUGGCCUGACCAGUGAAAACAAGCCGUCUCUGGGCUGGCUGAGAGAUGCCUAUAGAGAGUUUGAUCGCAAGUACAAAAAGAACAUCAAGGCUUUGUACAUUGUCCAUCCUACAAUGUUCAUCAAGACCUUACUGAUCCUGUUCAAACCUAUAAUAAGCUUCAAGUUUGGUCGGAAGAUUUUCUACGCAAAUUAUCUGAGUGAAUUGGAGGAGAUUGUGAAGUUGGAUCAACUGGGGAUCCCCGAAGCAGUCCUCAAAUACGACGAGCACAUCCGCUCUACAUUGAAGACCACGCCGACCAGCCAGAAAACGACUCCACCUCGGCCGCCACUGCCAAACCAGCAGUUUGGGGUCUCCCUUCAGCAGUUGAAAGACAAGCGCCCCGACAGCAGUCAGAAGAUCCCCCACGUUGUGCAAGAGACUGUGGCUUAUCUGAAGCAGAAUGCUCUAAGCACGGAGGGGAUUUUCCGGCGGUCGGCCAGCACUCAAGUGGUACGAGAAGUUCAGCAGAAAUAUAACAUCGGGGCACUUGUUGACUUCAAGCAGUAUGACGAUGUCCACUUGACUGCAGUCAUCCUCAAGACCUUCCUCCGGGAGCUCCCCGAGCCGCUGCUGACAUUCAACCUUUACAAUUACGUUGUGGAAUUUUUCAAUCUAGAGCCAGAGAAGAAGGUGGAAUCUGCUAGAGAGACUCUUAAGACUUUGCCUGAAGAGAAUUAUGAAGUUCUCCGGUUCCUCACUGGUUUUCUUGUUGAGGUGUCCUCUCGGAGCAGAGAGAAUAAGAUGACAAACGCCAACCUGGCUGUGGUGUUUGGCCCAAACCUCCUUUGGGCAAACGAUGUGGCCAUGACCCUCAAAGCCAUAAAUCCCAUCAACACCUUCACCAUGUUCCUGCUUGACAACCAGAAGGAGCUGUUUGAGGACGUGAAUUUGUAAACGGGAAUUUUUCGCCCUGCAACACUGCGCCACUGCCAUCCUUAUGCUGCACGACCACCUCCACCGCAUCACUGUACCGUCCUGUUGUCUGUGUGUGUGUGUGUGUGUGUGUGUGUGCGCAGACCUCUGUGUGACACGUUGGAGCUGGCAUCUCCAAUGCAGCUUGCAGCAAAAGGAAACACAAAGCCAUCCAUGUGUCUACCCGAAUCUUGGCCACCGCUGAUGCCUCUGGUAGGCAGCACUUUUCCUUUGUGACAGUUGUGGUAAUGUUGGGUGUGAGGUGGCAUAUUAUAAAAGAUUGAGGGAUUCUUCCCGUAUGACUUAACUCCAUUCAUUUCUUCUCUUUGACAUUCCUUCGCACUCCCACCUUUGUUUUACGUCCCACACAUCUAGGCCAUACUUUGUAUACUGCCCAGAGAGGUACUGCCCCGAGUCCAAAUCCGCACUGUUCAUAUGGUGCAAACAAGUCUCCAAACUUUUUGAAUUUUUUUAGGAUGACUGACAGCUUAUGGCUAUCUGGUCUUUUAAAUCUGGUUGACAUUUUGUACCACUAUCUACCACGACCACCACAUGGGAGGGGGGGGGUUUCUACAUUUCGGGAUCUCCAUUUCAGCUGCUUACUUUUAUAUAGUUUGGUGUUUUUGUUUUUUCAAUUCUUUUAACAAUAUUUUAUAAUUGUAGCAGGCUCCAGGCGACAAAAAAAGUUGGUAGAAAACAAAUAAAACCUGCUGCGUUCAUAUAUAUUUACACUGGUGAUUGUCCUAUAGGAAUACAGGCAGGUAAGGCUCAAAAAUAUGAACUGUAGAGUAGAAAUACCUUUCAUUAAAUGGAGUGCAUUCCCAUGAUGCAUUGCUCACAGUUGCCACUUGGGUUGCCCUAGAUUAGAAAAACACAGCUGCUUUUAAAAAAAUAUAAAACAGCCCCCCCCCCGUCCACAGGUUGUGUCUGGUAUUGCAGCUGAGCUCUAUUCAAAUCGGUACAACCAGUGGACACAUGCAGUGCUAUUUUUUGCAAGAAGGCAGCCAUGUUUUGUAAUGGUGUACAACCCCUUUAAUAUAAUUAUUAUAUUUUUUUUUUACUGUGGGUGGAACUUGGCAGUUAUGUGACAACUAAGGCAAGCGGCAUAUAGGAGUGGAGUCUAAAAAUGCAAUGUAGAAACCAUACUGCAACAGAGUAUACAGGGAAUACAAGGCAUUUCCAGGUAGUAUGCAAUAUAAACUCUUCUUGAGAGACACAUUUUUCCAGAAUUUUACUAUUAAUGGCCUGUCCUUGGGAUAGGCUAUCAAUAGUGGAUCAGCGGGGGUGGGGUCUGACACGCCGCACCCCUGCAGAUCAGCUGUUUAAAGAGGCCACAGCUUUCCGAUGAGCAAUGUGGCCUCCUCACAGCUUACCAAGCCCAGCGCAGCACAUUGUAUAGUGGCCAUGCUUGAGCCAUGACCCAUCCCAUGACUGAGCUGCACCUAGGCCAUGUGACCGAUGAACGUGACGUCACUGCCCUAGGAAGAGGUCGCAGCACUCACCAGAGCAUCGCGGCUUCUUCAAACAGCUGAUCGGCGGAGAUGCCAGGAAUCGGAGCCCCCACGCAUUAUAUGAGCCUGGAAACCCCUUUAAGCCUAUAGCACUCAUUUAUUAUGGUCUUUUUUUUUUUUAUAACCACCAGUAUAGACAUAAUUAAAUUCAAAAAAUUCUGCCUGUCUGCAACUACCACUGUACGGAGCUAGAGAGAUGACUGAGAUAACUGUCUAAACAGUAUGUAGAGAGCUCCCCCUAGUGGUGGCUGCAGGAAGCUAGAUUUGUUUAUCUCUAAGCAGGUAUCAGCGCUGUAUAUACACUAUAUAGGUAGAUCCUAAAAUCACAUUACAAAAACAGCUCUCUGAGGCACAGCAGCUACAACAUGCGCUGGGCAAUGCCACCUCUGUCUGUUUCGGCUUUGUGUAGUUCUGUAUGUGUGCCAUACAUGUUGUUUGGUAGUGAGGACCUAAGAGUCUACUAAUGCCACCAGACUUAUCGGCGUUCAUGUGGUCACAGUAAUGCUGAUAUCUGCUGGAAAUCCUCAGUGCGGCUCGGUGUUAUAUGGUCUGCGAUCCAGUUGUAGUCCUUUUGAGAAGUGCAUUUAUGAAUACGGUUUUGUAAUUUUUCAUGAUAUUUUAUUGCCAAAUGUUUGCCUUGGAUGUAUUGUUUUUAAGUGCUUAAUGUAUGUUUAAGGCUUUGCCUCUGAGUGAGCGAGUGAGUUCCUUUAUUGGGAGGUUUAAACUAAUGGGCGCCUUAAAUUGUAGAUUCCUCCCUUUACAUACAUAUUAUCUAAACCAGGCAUGCUUAACCUGCGGCCCUCCAGCUGUUGCAAAACUACAACUCCCAGCAUGCCCGAACAGCCUACAGCAGGGCAUUGUGGGAGUUGUAGUUUUACAACAGCUGGAGGGCCGCAGGUUGAGCAUGCCCGAUCUAAACCUAUGUGGGAACUAUAUACACCCUGUAGUGUGGUCAGUACCGUUGCAUGCUGGGUGCCAUAUUGCAGUGUUCCAGCCUACAAGAAGUGCUUGGAGAGGGGAACAUGCCCUGAUAUGUGCCACUACAUCCAGUAUGCAUGCAACAAUUAAAAGAAGUUACCAGAUCCGAAAUGUGGUUGUGUCCGUGAGCUCCUAGCCCCAACUUGAUCAAUGCAGGCCUAUGUGUCUCUAUGGUUACAGACUACAAACAAAGCAUGUGUGUAGUCUGAUCUUACAGGCUUGGGUUAUUCCUUUCCACCUGCCCCUUACACUUUGUUGACUUGCAUUCGGCAGGGGAUCAUGACUGCAGAAUCGGACUACACAAGAGUUGUUUGUAGUCUGUUGCCAAGGAGACAGAUACGUCUGGAUAGGAGUUACACAAAACGGUACAAGAGUUUUAAUAUAUAUUCCAAGUUGCACCAUUUUUAUUUUUUUUAUUCACUGAACCCACAGUCAUGUAUGUGUGUGCUCGUUACUGUUCAGUCCCACGGAAUUUGACAGCCUCGAUGAUGGAGGAUAUUAAAUCCUGACCUGUGUAUGGUGAAUGCAAUGGCUGUAUGCUCCACUGUUUCCGUAACGCGUGCGCCCUGUGGCCGUGCUGCAUGAACACUCCCCGCGGGGCAGCCGCAGCGGAUCGUGGACCCAAACAUGUUCUAUCUUUUUGCGGAAUGGAAGUACGGGACGAAACCCCAUGGAAGCACUCCGUAGUGUUCCGUACCAUUCCGCAUCUCCGGAUUUAGCCACGGAGCGCACACACACGUUCGUGUGCAAUAAGCCUAACAUUUCUUCCCAUAAAUGUCCGAUAGGUGCAGGUCCCACCUCAGGCACCCACACAUUCCUCAAAAACGGGACUUGGGUGUGAGAGGCAAACUGGGAAGUUAAAAUGGCCCUGGACAAAAAAUAAUAAUUAAGUGACCCCAUUUUGUAGUCGGGUUCAAACUGACAGAAGUCAGGGCGAACACAAGUAGGCAGAGCCAGCAAUAUCGUAGUGCAGAACUAAAUAGCACAAUAUACCGCACCAGCAGCACAAAAUACAUGCCCAACAACUGCCACUGGCCGGCCAUGAGGAGGACUCAGGCAGCCCCCCCCCCCCUGGGCAUCGGCCCACCGGGAAACUUCCCUGUAGGGUCUGUGCCCAGUCUGCCCCUGUCGGGUAAGCUGUUGAUGCAAGUGGUGGCUCGGCUAUUUUCAGAAGUCCCCUAGCAGUAGACGCCAUGCUCUGCAUUCAGGGGCCCCCUUCUUGAGAUAGGUGUGGGGCCUGCUCCUAUCACUAUGCCAUAAGUGUCCAAAGGCGACAACCCCUUUAAAAGCACUGUGACCAAUACCAGACCUAGUCCGCCCCCCCAGUCCCUGCACUGGGCAGAUCACAAUUCCUUUAAGUCUACCUCUCAUAAUCAAAAGGGAACCAUAGCUUUCCAUCAGCGCAGGCUUUGUGUGGGUGAAUGGACGAGGCCUACCCUAUCAGACAUGACUUAUGCCCCCUCACCCCUUCUUCAGGACGUGAGCGGCCAGUAGGAUCGACCACAUGAGCGGAUCUCGGCGUAUUGUAACGUGUAAAUGUGUUUGAGGCUGCGGUGCGGGCGUACCUGAGGGUCUGCCUCUCUUUCUGCUUUAUAGUUAGUUCCUAUCUGUUGCGGUUCCGAUCCGGUAUAAAUAUGGUUCCUGCCUCGCCUCCCACAUUUUUAUUCUGCUUGUGAUUUCACGUUUUGUAUUUCAAAGAGAAGGAAAAAAUAAAUCAGUUGAUGAAAUGU